GCAGAACCGUGACCGAGAGCAGUGCACCUGCCCGCGCCUGGGGAGAGAGAGUAAACACUCCCAACAUGCACUGAGGCGCUGGGCGUGGCUCAGGUUGCUCACACCCCACUGCCAUGGGCAACCUAGCAAUAAUUAACUGCUGCUGGCGCUCGCUCGCUGUGCCCGGGAGCUGCACGGUGGGGCCAGCCAUGUGCUCUCCGCCCCGCCGGCUUCAACCAGGAGCAGGUGAAUGACUAGGACGCCGAGACACCGCAGGCAGCUCCGCCUCCCCGCUACAGCGAGGGACGCUCGCCACCUCGGGCUCCGCGCAGCUCGAUCGCAAGAGCCUCCUCUACCCGGCGUGAUCAUAGCAGGGCAUCCUCGGAUCAUCUUGGGAAGGGGGAAAGGAUGACAAUGAUGGAUCACCAGUACCCUUCUUGGAUCUUUGUCAAUGAGAGGACAUUCAUAACCAGGGAACAACUUAAUUCUUUACUGGAGGCUUAUAAUGUUUUCUAUGAAAACCAGAAAAAUCUGCAUAUUUUGUAUGGACAGACUGAAGAUGGACAACUGAUUGUUGAAGGAAUGCUGGAUAUUUUCUGGGGAGUAAAACGACCCAUACAGCUCAAAAUACAAGAUGAGAAGCAAAUCUCUUCUUUUGAUCUGUUGAAGUCAUCGGAAACAUUUUCCAGCAAAGGGCGGAUGACUCGCUGGGGAGAGUUUGAUGACCUUUAUCAUAUCAGUGAGCUGGACAGGAGCCAAGUUCUGCUGUCUGAAGGAAGGCAUUCCCCAGAAGACUAUUUAUCUUAUCACAGCACCCUGAAGCCGUAUGCAGACGAAGAGCCAGAAUCCCCGUUGCUCUAUAGGACCAUGAGUGAAGCAGCUUUGGUGAGAAAAAAGAUGAAGCCUCCAUCGAUGUACAGAAAAGACAGACACAGCCACAGAGCCUCUAUCAACGGACACUUCUAUGACCAUGAGACAUCUAUUUUCACCCCAACCUUUGGAUCAGAAACCAAAGUCCGAACAAAUAGUAACAUGAGAACUGAAGAAGUAAUAAAGCAACUUCUCCAAAAAUUUAAGAUUGAGAAUAGCCCUCGGGAUUUUGCUCUUUACAUUAUUUUUGGAACAGGAGAACAGAGAAAACUAAAGAAGACUGAUGUCCCGCUGCUGCAGAGGCUUCUACAAGGACCAUCCAAAAGCAACGCUCGGAUCUUCCUCAUGGAUAAAGACACAGAAGAAAUUAGCAGUGAUGUGGCGCAGUACAUUAAUUUUCACUUUUCUUUCUUGGAAUCCAUUCUUCAAAGAUUAGACGAGGAAGAGAAAAGGGAGACUGAAAGGAUAAUGGCGAAAUUCAAUACCGAAAGGGCCUUUAUACUGAAGUGUCUUCAGAGUAAACAGGCAGCGAAAACAGAGACCACCGUCUAGAAGCACUCACAGCACCUACUGCUAGCCUGCAUGCCUCACAGAGCUGGAGAGGGUACUGUCAAAGGAAUGGACAAUCGGCCUCUGCAUUCUGGUGUGAAUGACCUUGAAGCCGUGGAAAACUGAAUGCCAAGCAGCCUGCUUCCUCUUUGAAAUGACGAGGUUGGCUGCAAUUCAGAGUUGGACUGAGACAAAAUUGGACUUCAUUUUCAGUAACUGAAGGAAGCCUGGAUACUGUGUAUUCCAAAUGUCAUUUAUAGCAAAUUCCUUAGUGAACUCAGAUUUAAGUGGCCUCUGCUGAUAUCAUGGGGUUUAAACUUGUUUUUAUCUUGCACUCUGAAAAGAACUGAGACAUUUGCUGACUCAUAAAUGAUUGGAAGUAAACACUUCACUUCUUGAUGUCAAUGGGACACACAUUCUCAAGCCAUCAAGGACCUGAAUUGGCCAUGUUUCACAGCUGUGUAAACAAUCGAGCAUUUUCAUAAAAUUUAGAAAUAUCUCUGCAAGGAUUGAUGAUUUUUAACUCUGUAGUAUCAGAGCCAUCUGUCCUUUGGGAAUAAAAUUAUUUUGGACUCUGUAAAGAAACCUAAACUCAAGGCUGGAGAGAAGGCUAAGUGGGUAAGAGCACUGACUGCUCUUCCAGAAGACCUGGGUUCAGUUCCCCAGCACCCAUGUGGUGACUCAAAGCCAUCUACAACUCCAGUCCUAGAGGACCUGACACCUACCUCUGUGGACACUGCACACACAUGGUGCACAGACAUACAGGCAGGCAAAACAUCCACAACACAUACAAAUACAUAAAAAAUAAAAACCUAAACCCCGAUUUUCUCAGCCUGGGCCCUUCAUUUUGCCCUCCCCAACCACACACACACACACACACACACACACACACACACACACACACACACACAUACACACACACUUCUAUUCUAGUGAUAACUUCCAAGCUGGUUUUAAGUGUCUUAAAAGUUGAUUGUAUUCAUUUUCUUUAUCUUUGCAAACAAAUAUAUCACACACAUAGAAUGUACUAUAUUAGGGAGAACAAGAUUUGACUGCAAAUACCUAGUUGUUGCUGGUGACUGGUGUGGAUAAAGCCAAGCUUCUGUAGCUGAGCCAGGAGGGACACCACAGCAUCCCUGCUGUUGCGUGUGACACUUUCGAGGUACUCACAGGUCUGCUAAUCCCACUUGGAAAAAAAAUAUUAUGGAAUUUUGUUUGUAAACUCUUUAGCAGUGUGGAGUUUUAAUCAAUAUUCUUCUAGCCCCAAACUACUUCCAUUUGAAUUCUUUAUUUUAAAUUGUUCAAUCAUGGUACCUGUACUAAGGUAAGGUUGUAUUUUCAAUAUUAAAUUGUGAAACAGC